GUUUAAGUAUAAACAACUAAAAUAAUAUUUUAGUAAUCUCUAAAACUACUAGUACUCAAUAAUAGUGAAAACAUGCAAUUCUAUAAAGCUUUUAUUUUUGUUGCUUUGAUCCUGGCUGCUUUUGCAGGACAAAGUAAUGCAGGUUGGCUGAAGGAUGUUGGCAAGAAAAUUGAACGCGUUGGUCAAAAUACUCGUGAUGCCAGCAUACAAGUUCUAGGCGUGGCACAACAGGCAGCUGAUGUGGCCGCCACAGCCCGUGGUUAACUGAGAAAUAUUUGCUGCUUAAAAUUAUUUAAAAAAUUGGAUUUAUUUAAAUAAAUAUAAUUUAAAUAAAGAAUAUUUUAAUUAAAAAAACAA